AUCGAGACAUCUGUUCCGAGCCGAGAGGAGAAGCGGCGGCUGCUGCGUCCCGAGCGUUUCUCCUUACUGUGACAUCCCCGUGUGACGGACCGGACGGACGAACACGGUGCUGCUGUGACCCGCAGACACGCUGAAUAGACUGUUUCGUGUUUAGAGUCGGUUUGUCUUUGGGCUCCUCCGCUCGUCACCAUGACAGCCCUGUCGCUGCUGUUGGUGGCCGUGUCGGCCGCGUCCGUCCUGGCCGAGUCCACUGUGCAUUUCCGAGAGCAAUUCGAAGACGGGGAUUCCUGGACGAGUCGCUGGGCGGAAUCCAAGCACAAGUCAGACUACGGCAAGUUUGUCCUGACGGCAGGGAAGUUCUACGGAGAUGCAGAGAAAGACAAAGGUCUGCAGACGAGUGAGGAUGCCCACUUCUACGCCAUGUCGACCCGUUUUGAUGACUUCAGCAACCAGGGCCAGCCUCUGGUCAUCCAGUUCACUGUGAAACAUGAGCAAAGCAUCGACUGCGGUGGAGGCUACAUCAAACUGUUCCCCUCUGACCUCAGUCAGGAGGACAUGCAUGGCGACUCCGUCUACAACAUCAUGUUUGGUCCUGAUAUUUGUGGCCCUGGCACAAAGAAGGUUCAUGUUAUCUUUAACUACAAAGGCAAGAACCAUCUGAUCAACAAGGAUGUCCGGUGCAAGGAUGAUGAGUACACCCACUUGUACACAUUGAUCGUCAACCCUGACAACACCUACGAGGUCAAAAUUGAUAAUAAGAAGGUUGAGUCUGGUAAUCUGGAGGACGACUGGGACUUCCUGCCGCCCAAGAAAAUCAAGGACCCUGAAGCCAAGAAGCCAGAAGACUGGGACGACAGGGAGCAGAUUCCCAACCCUGAUGAUAAGAAACCAGAGGACUGGGACAAACCUGAGAACAUCCCAGAUCCUGAUGCUAAGAAGCCCGAUGAUUGGGAUGACGAGAUGGAUGGAGAAUGGGAGCCGCCUAUGGUCAGCAACCCUGAUUACAAGGGUGAGUGGAAGCCGACAGAAAUCAACAAUCCUGCCUACAAGGGCAAGUGGAUCCACCCUGAGAUCGACAACCCGGAGUACACAGCUGAUUCGGAGAUCUACAAAUAUGACAGCAUUGGUGUGAUUGGACUGGACUUGUGGCAGGUCAAGUCUGGUACGAUCUUUGACAACUUCCUGAUCACCAAUGACCCAAACCUGGCAGAAGAAGUUGGCAAUGAUACAUGGGGUAAAACAAAGGAUGCAGAGAAGAAGAUGAAGGAAGGCCAAGAGGAGGAGGAGAGAAAGCAACGCGAGGAGGAUGAAAGCAAGAGGAGAGAGGAGGCAAAGGACGAGGAGGACGAGGAGGAGGCAGAAGAGAAAGAUGAGGAGGAGGAGGAAGAGGAGGAUGAUGAAGAGGAGGGGGAAGAGGAGGAGGAGGAUGAUGGCACAGACUCUAAACUCAAGGAUGAGUUAUAAAGUUUGUGCAGGAACUGCUUUGAAAAGAACCUGACUGUCUGGAGUCAGUAAGCCCUUGGAACACGGCUGGUGACUGAGAUGAUAGACCCUCCUGACUGACACCCUGGAGUGGGGUUAUGCAUUUGUUUGUUUGUUUACAAAGCAAGGGAACUGGCAGUGACUAUUCUGUUUCCUGUUUCCACGUGCUACUACUACUACUAUUAUUAUUGUUGUUAUUAAAUGAGGAAUAGUAAUAGAAAAGAAGGAAAGAUGUCUGUCAGGACCGGAAAUUAUUGAGUGUUACAAUUGUACCCAAAAGAAACAUUAAUUGUCAUUUCUGUUUUUGCAAAAGGUCUGGGUUUUGAUGAAGUACAAUGUUUUGGUCACUUGAAAAGCUAUAUUUGGUAUGUGGAUGAUGACAUGUACAUGUUUUUGUUUACCUCAUGUGUUUUGUCUUAUUAAUAAUCUGUGUCGCUUGUUUUUGUCAAUGUUUUCAGUCUGCCCUGUUCCUCCGCCUGUGGAGAUCUCAACAGGGUUAGACAUCCUGGUGCAGGUUGUUCAGUCUCCGAUUCAAACAAGGGUUAAUGACAUGGAGACAAGAGUGCAUACGAACUAACUAGAUGUUUGACAAACUGUCAUCCAUCAAGAUAAAAUCCAUUGCAUCAUUUUGUGCUGUAAAAGUUAACGCUUUUUUUCACUUUAAUGCACAUACUGCAGUUUUGCGUGUCUAUAUAAACCGUUGUCAAACUCAGACGUAGCUUUUAGAGCACCAGCAGGAAAACUUGCGUUCAUGAAGUAAUCAUUCACUUUAGGUUUACUCAUUUCUGAUGCCACUAUCUCUGCACUGCUGUACCAUAACACACUGUCCCGUCUGAAAGAUGAUCCUUUUGUAAAUGCCACAUUUUGUACUAAUAGUAGUAACUGAAGUGGGAAGGUUUUCAUCGCUGUGUAAAAAAGAAAUAAACAAAAAAAUCAAAGACAGGGACUCUGUCCAAUAAAAACACCUGGAAGAAAAUAAACAGACAUGCUUCCCA